GAGACACAGAGAGAGGGCGGGAGAGGAAUGCUGUGAUGUCACUCUAGCAGGGCAUACAAAGCCAUGAGGAGAAACUACCCAAGCCAACUCAGUUCAGUCUAUAGCACACUAGCCUGUGUGAAGAGAGGAUAGUCAAGCCAACUCAGCCAACUCAGCUAACUAGAGCACAAACCUGUCUGACUCUCAGCACCUGGACGUUGGACACGGUCAGAGCAACCAAAGCAAUAAUCACCACGACAACGAGAACCGGACGGUCGAGAGAGAGAGAGAGAGAGAGAGUCUUUGUUUGUGAACUCGAGGAACUCACAGGAACUUCAUUCCUCAAAAUCUCAUCCAAUCGCUGCCAUUCACAUCAGCUUCAAGAGCCAAUCAAAACGGACAUCUAGCCACCGAGAGCCAAUCACAGAUCUUCAAUUCUUCAAGACGAUUUUCCACCAUCACCAGCUGCAUUGAUCUCGGCUGGAGAACUUCUCUGUCUUCCCCUGUCCAUCCCUCGUGCACGGCCGGCGGUGGUCCGUGUGUGUGUGUGUGUGUGUGUAGCGUGAGCGUGAGCGGUCAGCCCGGCGGUCAGGAUGCUGCAGCAGAUUCUGAAGGACAUGUACGUGGACCCGGACGUGCUGGAGGCCCUGGGGGAGGAGCAGAAGAAGAUCCUCUUCCUGAAGAUGCGCCAGGAGCAGGUGCGCCGCUGGACACAGAGAGAGGAGACCGAGGCCAAGGAGGACCUGAAGGAGAACAGGGCCAAGAAAGGAAACAGAAAGAGAGUGACCUGGCUUUUGGGCCGUGAUGGAGACGUCCUCGCGUGUGUGAUCGGGGACUCGGACGCGGAGACAUCACCCAAACAUCUCCUCUCACAGCUCCGGCAGAACGGAAGCAUUCGAAUGAAACAACACAACAGUGAACCACUCAAGAACAACCAAGUGGAUCAAAACGGCGUACAGCUGGUUCUCAAGACACCUGAGACGCUGUGUGAAGUGGGCGGCGUGGUGCCCGUCCCUGAGGGCCCACGGCGGGCGUGCGGAGCGCCAGGCCUCGCCAACUGCAUGCAGGACAGCAAGGACGACUCGGACGACUCGGGCACCGUGGAGGACGACCUGAAGGACCCCUCGGAGGAGGAGGAGAACUCGGGCAGCGCCUCGGACGACCUCAGCGACUCGGGCGUCUUUUUGAAAUCCCACUCCAGCAGAGACCCUGGCCUGUCAAUCAUCAGCCGCAAACCCCGCCCCCAGGAUGCUCAGCCAAUCGUGAAAGAGAGGCUGUCGGUCAAAGAGAAGUCUGCCCCUCAGGAGACUCAGGGAGGAGACAAAGAUGCCUCCAAGGACACGCCCCCUUCCUCACUCCAUGGCAACCGCGUGGCAGCGCUGAGACGGAACUUUGGUGUCGCCGGUAGCAACAGUGUGCCCACAGGUGCCAAACCUCCAGUGCCCACCAAACCAGCUCACCUGCAGCGCCAGUCAGUCAAGAUGCCACGAUGAGAUGACACACACACACACACACACACACACACACACACACACACACACACACACACACCACACACACACACACACUCACACACUCACACAAACACGUACACAAAUCUGUAAAUAAACACACCACAAAACACAAACAACAACAUGCACAGGCAUGCGUACACACAUGUAAAUAAACACAUGACAUACACACACACACAUAAAGGUGAAUAAAUGAACCAAACACACUUUCCCCUGAGACACCAUGGAACACACAGAGAAGGGCCUUCAGCACUCUCUAAUGGUGUCAUCAGGACAGGAGCAUAACAGGACUGUGCAUGUGUGUGUGUGUGUGUGUGUGUGUGACUGUGUGCAUGCUAGGAUGUUGUUCACACUGUAAAUAUGUUCAUUUGUAUAGUAACGCCAGUCCCACACUUGCCCCCGUGCAAACACACACAUCCAAUAAUCAUACAGAGCGUGUGCAAAGGGCACAGCAUGUCUGAUAUGUUCCGCUGUAUGAUUGACAGGUCAAACUGUGUGAUGAUUGACGGGUCAAGCUGUGUAUGGGGUGGUCAUUGCAUGUCCACUCUCACUAUUGUGCAUUAUAAGGAAACAUAAUGUGUGUGUUUGCACUAUGGGGUGCUGAGGUCAAAUGUUGUACAUGUGUGUGUUGACCAUGUGUGUGUUGAGCAUAUGUAUAAAGCCAAUAGAAAUGUGUCCACUCUGGCACUCCGUAGUUUGUCUUUUUCAAUGUGCCACCUCAACCAUGGCGGCAAACCCCUACUACAGCACUGGCAUCUGCCCCUCUGGGCGUCAGACUCCCUCUCCUCCGAAGGGCACUGAGGGAGACCAACGUUUGUAUAGUUUUAUACUGUAUCAUGUGUUCUUCUAAUGGGUUCUUGAGAUCAAUAAAAAACAUUGUACUUUUCAUCACA